CACUUCACCUGGAGGGAAUUCCAGCGGUCGUCCACCAACAGGUCUAGGAAAUGAUGGUCUGGGCGGGAAUUCUUUGCAGCAACCAGUUCCUCCUGCGAGUUCUUCAUCGGGCGUGGUGAGCCUCUUCCCCCCGGGACCUGUUUCCCGAGCAGAGUUUCUAGCGCCGGCGAAACCAAAACCAAAACCUGCAGCGCCGACGGGUGGUGCGGCAGCGCCAAAACCAGCACCGGUUGCUUCCGGUUCUGCUACACCGGUUGCAGCUUCUGCUGCACAGGUUGCAGCUUCUGCCUCCGCCAGCCCACCAACAGUGCUUCCCGCUGCGACGGUGCCAGCUCAACCGGCAGUUCCUGUUGAACCGAGUGCAGCAAAUCUUCAAUCACCUACAACUGUAGCUGACCCGGAAGCUCAAGCAGGUCAAGCAACACCUGAAGCUGAUCCGGCAUCGGCUGCCCCGUCUGGUGCGUCAUCAUCUCCUGUGGAAGGUGGCGGGGCAGAUGAUGCAAGUGCCCUCGCAGCGCACGAAACAACAAGCAGCGACUCAAACCAGUCAGCACGGCAAACGCCUGAAGGCAGCGAACACGAAGGUGCGCAAACUGAUGAAGCUUCUCGUCAGGCGCAACAAGAGAACAGCCCAGCAGCUGCUAGUUCAGCUCCACAGCUGGAGGAACAGCAAAGGGAACUAUCUUCGCGAACUGAAACGCAGGCAGGUGGUGGUAGUUCUGAACAAUCGUCCUCCACUGGAGAUACUAUCGGUUUGGCAAGUGCUGGAGCUGACCCGUCUGCAGCAGGAUGUACUACGGGCAGUAGUGUUAGCGAUCCCGGUCCUUCCGCUUCAGCGUCGAAUCUGAGCCAUGACGGCGGUGUGGAUCAGCUUGCUCGGGUUCCUGCUUCAGACACAGUGAACGGAGAUCAAAACCCGCGGGAACAACGUCAAGGUCCCGAAGGUAGUUUAUCCUCCGCUAGUGCCAGUACGACGAGUCCACCCCGUCCGCCCCAGGAUGGUGGCAGCAGCGAUGGUGCCGUGCCUGCAGCGCAAGAGGGAACUGGUGUUGGAGCAAGCGGCUCAGCAUCACAAAUUGGCUUGUCUGAAAGCGUAUUCAGAGGGGAACAAAGUGCGACACCGCGCUCACGAAGUCUGAGCCCUCCAGGUUCGAUUUCACGAAGGUCAUUUCGCACAGCGAGUCCCGAAAGACGCGGAGAUACAGGAUCAGGAGGUGUGCCGUCCGAUGUUACAGCAGGAGGAGCUGCUGGUGCUGCAGCCCCGACCGGCGGAAACCCACCGCAGCCAGGUGCGGCAGCGCGGGACGGCGGCAGUGGCGCAAAAGCGACAUUUGAGAGGACCGGCACUCCAAAUCCCGGAAGUACCGCUUCUGGUGGAGGCAGCUCUAGCGCUUCAUCCUCUUCCAUUGUCACUAUUCCUGGCGCAGCAACUGUCAGUGGAAGUCCAGCGAUACGCCCUCCGCCAACGAGGCUAGCCGAGUUACAGGUGGCGUCGCUGGAGGAGCGGCAAACGGAGACGGUGAGCUGUGAGGACCUGUUUGUGGAAUUUCUCGAAGAGAAGCUGCAAACUGUCGAGAACGGAGCGAUGGCGGGAUACAAACCGAAGGACUUCUGGAACGCUACUGUAGAUCAAGGUCAUACGCAGGGAAACAGAAGAGCGCUUGUCGCACUCCCAUCCGCGUCAAUAUAAUACUUUAGCAUGAUGAGCUAAAAAUCAUUUUCAUUGUGAACCAAUGCUCAGCCUGUAUUCGUAACACAGCAGGGUAUUCGCGGUCGCACAACAACCUGACGUGAGCUUUUUUCGAUUGUCGUGCGGCAGGGUUUCAUAAUUGUUCUGUAGCAAGAUGAGUCUGAGGCCAAGAAAGAGCCCAUUUCAUGAUUUUGGCGCGGCGACGACUGUUUCUCCGCAUAGGCGAGGAUCUUUUGGGGACGACUAAUGAGACACUCGCCAACAUUUUGCCGCCGUUGGGUGCACUUGAUGGACACACAUGGAAGGUAUUGUGAGUAUCGAUAGAUUAAGUAUUGGCAAGCAAACGUGCUGCGUUUUUGCCGUGCUGAGCAGUUUACCUUCGCGUUUAGUGUUGUUUACUACAAGGUGCACACGCAGGAUCGUGUCUUGCGUACUUUCUGCUGACCAUGAAGUUGUGAACGACGAAGACACAAAGCCUCUUCCAUAUGUAUGCAUGUAUGAAGUGAAACUCGAAUCAAUGUCUGAAAAACGACUUGACUUACAACUUUACGUACGAAUACACAGAUCUUAACGAUUAUGGCGCUGAUGCCGUACUGCUAUGCCGAUAUCGCGACUGUCCGAAUCAUGUACGGAAGACUUCUAAAACCAGCGAUGCAGGA